CAGAAAUAUAAAUUCUAUUUUUCUUCUGCCAAAUCUAAGCUCAUUUUUUCUCUCCAAAAAUGGCUGACAGAGUUCACCCUUCAGCUAAGCCAAAUGGCAAUGCCACCAAUAUUGCCGCUGCCGCUGCCGUCAAUCCCAAAGCCGCCGCAAAACCGCCGCAAUUUCCUCCUCCGGCGGCGAAGAACCAAAUGUAUAACCCGAAUCGCAUCCCUUACCGACCAACUCCAACUGCCUACCACCGACACAACCGCCGCCGUUGCACCUGUCGCCGGUGCUUCUGCUUCUGUUGUUUCUGGUCACUCCUCCUCAUCUGCACCGUCCUACUCCUCGCCGCAAUCGCCGGCGCCGGUUUCUACUUCCUAUUCCGCCCAAAACCUCCGGCAUUCUCCGUCUCCUCACUCAAAAUCAUCCAAUUCAAACUCACUACUACCUCCGACGACACUACACACCUCACUGUUAAGCUCAAUCUCACACUCUCCACUAAAAACCCUAACAAAAAGCUGAUUUACAACUACGAUCCUAUUUCCUUAACUGUGAACUCGAAUUCAGUUCUACUAGCUAAUGGAUCGUUCACAGGUUUCAGCAGCGGUCCAAAUAACAUCACGAUCAUUCACUCAACUCUAUCAAUGGCGUCUCAAGUGCUCGAUGCGGAUUCAAUUUCAUCGUUGAAAUCAGAUCUGAAGAGAAAAAAUGGAUUACCGAUGAAGAUCUUGUUGGAUACAAUGGUGUUAGCGAAAAUGGAUAAACUGAAAAGUAAGGAAGUCGGGAUCAGAGUUACUUGUGACGGAAUCCAUGGAAGAAUUCCGACGGGGAAAACUCCGGCGGUGGCUUCAACUACAAAUGCUAAAUGUAAGGCUGAUUUACGCAUGAAGAUCUUAAAAUGGACCUUCUAAUUCAUUUUUUUGGGUGAGUGAAGGGUGAAAAACGCACCUAAAUUAUCUCGGUGAAUUAUUUAUUGGGUGUGGAAGUUUUUUUUUAUCUGAAGUAUCAUCAAAUAUUUAUCGAAUCACACGUUAAUCAUAAUGCAUUCACUUUUUUCUA